AUGUUCUAUCAACGUAUUAUCCUCGUUGUCGUCUUCUCGGUCAGUGUAUGUCCAGCAUUAACAAGUUUACCAAGGCCUAAAAAUGUAAUCAUUGGAUCUCGUCAAUACGGCGAUCUUUUAACCCAUCGUGAAAUCAUUCGGAAGGACUCCAAGUGGUUGCAAGUCAUCGAAGUUCACAAAACCUUCACCACUGAUCACGGUGAAAAAAUCACUCAAGUCCGUUUGAUAGAUCAGAAUCAGGAUGGUCAAGGUGCCAUUGCUACAGUAACAGUCGGUGGACCUGGUUUUACUUUUGUCACUGUUCACUUCCAAAGCACGCGUGGAAAGAGUAUCGAAUUUAUUGCUGAAAUCUACGGAAUAGUUAAAUGA